AUGAGCACGAGUAUCCAGUCCUUGCAAAGAUUGCACGAGAUAUCCUCUCAGUUCCUGCGAGUGGCGCUGGUGUUGAGUGGCUUUUUAAUUGUGCUCGUGAUUGAGCUAGAGAUGAUUAAAGAGUAUCUCUCUGUCGGAGAGGCUGCUAUGCUUGAUCAGACAAGACAGCCUGUUCCAUCGCUUGAUAAACUCGAACUAAUUAGUGAUAAUGAAGAAGAGGGUUGCGAAGUAGAGGAUUUAUCUGAGGAUAAUACAGACGAAUCUGAUAAUAAGGCAGAAGAAGGGUUAUCUACCACGCAGCCUGUAGCUCAAACUAAGCAGGUACAACGGAAGCGGUGCCGAAGUAACACCUCUGAGGCUAUAGAUAAUGCUGAUAAUGGUCUCCCACUUCCGGAUAUGCCAAUUGAGAAGACGCAGGCGCGGUCAGGGAGGGUUCGGAAGAGGCCUAAGCUACCUGAGGGAUUUGAGAUUGAUAAGCUGUAA